AUGAAGCCAACCAUUGUCUCUGCGCUGCUCUCUCUCGCGUGUGCUGGUAUGGCUACGGCGCACGGCGGCGGCGACUUGCUCCAUCAAGGCUGCCGACCUGUAGCCAAACGCUCACUCGACUUGCAGAAAAGACAGCUGCUGCAGUCGGGUGGCGAGGGCCAGACCGUCUCUGCCGGUGGUGGUGCUUCUGCUGCUCGAUACAGCUGCGACCCCUCUACAUGCCAGCUUCCCAAAUGCCACUGCGCCGACACCAACCCUCCCGGCGGUCUGGACCCCAAAGACGUUCCUCAGUUUAUCGUCUUCACCGCCGACGAUGCGGUGCAGGACUACACGAUCAACUCGGUCAACCAGUUCCUCGCGCAGCGCAAGAACCCCAACGGCUGCAAACCAGUCAUGUCGUAUUUCGUCUCGCUCAACUACACCAACUACGCCCAGGUGACCGAGCUCUACGUCAACGGCAACGAUGUAGCCGACCACACCAUGACGCACCAAGAGCAGCCCGCCACCAACGCCGAGAUCGACGGCAACCUUAUCACGCUGAAUGCGCUCGCUGGCAUUCCCUACAAGUCCAUCAUCGGCUACCGCGCUCCGUUCCUUAACUACAGCCGCGCCAACCUCGAGCACUUGGCCAGCACCGGUUUUACGUAUGAUUCCAGCUCCACCGCUUCGGUCCCCGUCACGGACCCCAACACCGACGCCUUCUGGCCGUACACGCUCGACAACGGCAUGGCCAACGACUGCUCUUCCGUCGACAACAUUUGCGGCGGUCAGCCCAAAUUGCCCGGGUUCUGGGAGAUCCCCAUGUAUGCCAUCUUCGACGAGCGUGGAGCGGCGGGAGCCCACCUGAUGGACCCGUGGCUCGACUCGGCCAAUGCGAGCGACGUAUUGUCGUGGAUGAAGUCUACCUUUACCGACCACUACAACGGCAAGCGACAGCCCUUCGGGGUCUAUACGCACCCGAUCCACCUCGCUACCGGCUACCCGGGCCUCAAGGACCCCGUGGACCAGAUCAAUAUGCUCAACCAGUUCCUCGACUGGGCCACCACCUCGGCGGAAAUGCAAAACGUGUGGAUCAUCAGCAACAAGCAGCUCAUCGCGUGGAUGCAGAACCCCGUGCCCGCCAGCCAGCUCAACACGCUCGACGCCUUCAAGUGCCAGGUGCCCAACGUCAAACAGCACAUCUGCAACGGCUUUGAGGCCAACAACGACCUGCGCGAACACUGCAUUUCCGACACACAGGGCGAUGCGCUGAACAACUCGCCCUUCUACACGUGCUACGGAUGCCCCGUCACCACCCCUUCCCCGCAACAGCCCAACCCGCCGCAGAGGAACAACGACAAAACGCUGCGUACGCGCAUCCCCAACAACUGCGACACACCCUUCUGGGAUCCCAUUGCGGCGAAAUGCCUCUGCACUGGAUCGGCGUGUGCCUUUGACGACUCGACUCGUCCGAUUGGUCCCAACGGCGACAACUUGACGUCGAGUGGUGGGCAGAACACGGCUGCAUUGGCGGGCGCGUCGCCGAGUGCGAGUAGUGACCCGUACAGGUCCUUUUCCGGUGCUGCUGGACAAGCGACAUUGUCGGGUGUGCUCGGCUGGAGUGUUCCGCUGGUGAUUGCUGCACUGGCAGGUGGCGUGAUGGUGGUUGUUUAG